CAGCCGAGCCCUCGUCUCGUUUCCCCAAAAAGAAACCCCAUCAAGUUGCCAGCAAAACAAUCGAAGAAACCAAAAACGAAAUCACGGAACACCCACCACCCAACGCGCCCACCCUAGCCCACGCCAUGUCGCAGCCCGGCGCCGCCGCGGCGACGGAUCCCUCCCCGUCCCCGGCUUCCCCGCCGGUGGUCGAGUGGCCCGAGGGCGGCGCGCUGACGCGAGACUGGGUGGCUGGGCUGGCCGCCACGCUGGACUGGUGCUCGCGCCACCUCCCCGCGGACCGCCUCCCAACGGUGCUUCCCCCCGCGCUCGUCCAGCGCCUCGUCCUCGCCGCGGCCGCCAUCCUGCACCGCGAGCCCAACCUCGUGCGCGUCGACCCGCGCCCGGGCCAGGCCGUCGUCGUCGUCGGGGACGUCCACGGACAGCUCCACGACGUCAUCUUCCUGCUCCGCGACGCCGGGUUCCCGUCCGAGGAACGCAUCUUCGUCUUCAACGGGGACUACGUCGACCGCGGUGCCUGGGGGCUCGAGACCCUGCUUCUCCUCCUCGCUUGGAAGGUGUUACUUCCAAAUUGCGUGUUUCUUCUCCGAGGGAAUCAUGAAUCCAAGUAUUGCACAUCAGUUUAUGGUUUUGAACGGGAGGUAAUGGCUAAAUAUAAAGAUCAAGGCCCUCAGGUUUAUCGGAAGUUUUUAAGAUGUUUUGAGGACCUUCCGCUAGCAACAAUAAUAGCAGGAUGCGUGUACACUGCCCAUGGUGGGAUCUUCCGUGGGACGGUUGUGCUACCAUCAAAGAGAUUAAAAAAGGGAAAGAAAGGUCGCAAAAACAAGGCCGAUUUCACUGUUGAUCCGACUUCCAUGAGGCUCGGAUCCCUGGAUGAGUUAUUGAAGGCAAGGAGAACUGUUCUUGACCCUCCUUGGGAGGGUCAAAAUUUGAUCCCAGGAGAUGUGCUUUGGUCUGACCCUUCCUUGGAGAUGGGUCUCUCACCGAAUAAAGAAAGAGGCAUCGGUUUGCUUUGGGGUCCGGACAUCACUCAGCAGUUUCUGCGCACAAAUAAUUUGAAGUUAAUCAUCAGGUCACAUGAAGGUCCAGAUGCAAGAGACAAGCGGCACGACCUCUUAGGAAUGGAUAAAGGAUAUACAAUCGACCAUGAUGUCGAAUGUGGGAAACUGAUUACUCUCUUCAGUGCUCCAGACUACCCGCAAUUUCAGGCUUCAGAGGAGCGAUACAACAACUGUGGAGCAUAUAUUGUCCUUAAUCCACCAGAUUUUGCUACCCCUGUUUUCCAUAGCUUUGAAGCUGUCAAGCCGCGACCUCCGGCGCAUCCUUUCUAUGAUUUUGAAGAGGUGAUUGACUCAGAUGAAGAGUUGAAUUUAGACGCCAUGGACAGUGGCACAUCGAGCCAAUGAUGAUAUCUUCUUCUUGCCUUGUAUCAUUGUAUUUAUCAUGCCAGCUCUCACCAAGGGAAUAUGACAUGAAUUUUUGUUGUAAUUGAUGCUGACGUAGUGACGUUGCAGGUGUUGGCAUAGCCUUCUGUCAUGUAUCUGAUUUGUUGGUUCAGAUUAGGUUGAUCUGCAUCUAAAAGUCAGUGACCCAGAAAUUUGACAUCUAAAGAUUGAAUGCGAGAAAAUCAGACAGUUGCAAAUCUAUGAGACUUCCUUCUGCCAAUACAUCCGGAGGAUCUUUGCAUCCAUCUCAA